AUGGAGAAGCUUCUUCUGGAUGUGUUGUUUCUCGCCAUUCUCUCAGGAGGUGUGACACAUUCAGACUUGAGAGGAAAAGUGUUUAUUUUCCCUCAAGAAUCAAAAACAGCGUAUGUGUCCCUGAUCCCACUGGUGAAGAAGCCUUUGCAGAACUUCACAUUGUGCUUGAAGACCUUCACAGACCUCACUCGUACUUACAGCCUCUUCUCCUACAGCACUCAGUCCCAGGCAAAUGAGCUGCUUCUCUUUGUGAAUAAAAUGGGAGAGUACCUCCUGUCCAUUGGAAAUUCUGGGGUUACUUUCAAGGCACCGCAGUCACCUUAUGCCCCAAUCCAUGUCUGUACCAGCUGGGAGUCUGCCUCAGGGAUUGCUGAAUUCUGGGUCAACAGGAAACUGGUGGGGAGGAAGGGCGUGAGGAAGGGAUACGUUAUAGGGUCAGAGGCAAAGAUCAUCUUGGGACAAGAGCAGGAUUCCUUUGGAGGAACAUUUGACAUAAACCAAUCUUUGGUUGGGGAGAUAUGGGAUGUGUCUUUGUGGGACCAUGUGCUCCCCCUAAAGGAUAUGUGUGACACAUGUCAUAGUGGCAACCUGCUAAAUUGGCAGACCCUGCAUUAUAAAGACCAUGGCUAUGUGGUGAUUAAAACCAAGGUGUGGAUUUGA